GAAUUAAUCAUGGUGAACAAACAGUCAAAGAUUCAUCCAGAAAAGAGUGUUCUUGCUAUAGACACAGUUCUUUGAGUUUGAGGCAAAUUCAACCACGUGUUUGAAUUGACUGUUAGCUACAAAACUCUCUUGAAAGAUCAUCACUGAUAUGAUUCAGAGGUGAACAAACAGUAAAAGAUUCAUCCGGAAAAAGAGUGUUCUUGCUAUACAGUUCUUUGAGUUUGAGGCAAAUUCAUGACUCAAAUCAAGGAUAUCAUGGAAGAGGAACAUCAUCACCCUCUUCUUGAAGAAGAGGCCAUUUCUUCCGAUGAUUCGCGCUUGAAACAGCUCGGUUACAAGCAAGAACUCAGCCGCAAUCUCUCGGCAAUAGCAAAUUUCUCAAUGACUUUCUCCAUCGUCUCUGUCCUCACCGGUCUGAGCACGACGUUUGGUAUUGGUCUCACAUAUGGUGGGACCAUAACGAUGGUGUACGGGUGGCCGGUGGUGGGGAUGCUGACGCUGGUGGUGGGACUAUCGAUGGCUGAGAUUUGCUCCGCGUACCCUACUUCCGGUGGACUUUACUUCUGGAGCGCCAAACUCUGUGGCAAUCGUUGGGGACCUUUGGCUUCUUGGCUCACUGGCUGGUUCAACAUAGUUGGUCAGUGGGCAGUCACAACUAGUAUAGAUUUUUCACUUGCAACGCUGAUUCAAGUGAUGAUUCUCCUUAGCACAGGUGGGAAGAAUAAUGAUGGCUAUGAGGCUUCCAAAUACGUAGUUAUUUGUUUCCAUGGAGGAAUUUUGCUUCUACAUGCUAUCAUAAACAGUCUUCCCAUCUGGUAUUUAUCUUUCUUUGGACAGCUGGCUGCUGCAUGGAAUUUUGUAGGUGUCUUUGUCCUUAUGAUCCUCAUUCCCCUCGUUGCAACGGAGAGGGCUAGUGCCAAGUUUGUAUUCACUCACUUCAACACUGAUAAUGGCGAUGGAGUCAACAACAAAUUGUACAUUUUUGUUCUGGGACUGUUAAUGAGUCAAUAUACCUUAACUGGCUAUGAUGCAUCUGCUCAUAUGACAGAGGAAACCAAGAGCGCUGAUAUCAACGGACCAAAAGGAAUAAUCAGUUCCAUCGGAAUAUCUAUUAUUGUUGGAUGGGGUUAUAUCCUUGGGAUCACCUUUGCUGUUACCAACAUCCCGUACCUUUUGGAUGAGAACAAUGAUGCCGGUGGUUAUGCCAUUGCUGAAGUAUUUUAUUUAGCAUUCAAGAGUAGGUAUGGAACUGGAGUUGGAGGAAUCAUAUGCUUGGGAGUGGUUGCUGUUGCCAUAUUUUUCUGUGGAAUGAGUUCAGUUACUAGCAACUCCAGGAUGGCUUAUGCAUUCUCUAGAGAUGGAGCCAUGCCAUUUUCACCGUUUUGGCAUAAAGUGAACAAGCAUGAAGUCCCCAUAAAUGCAGUUUGGCUUUCUGCUCUUAUAUCAUUUUGCAUGGCACUGACAUCUCUUGGGAGCCUUGUGGCGUUCAAUGCCAUGGUGUCUAUUGCAACCAUUGGACUGUACAUUGCUUAUGCCCUGCCCAUCUUCUUUAGGGUGACCUUGGCGCGCAAGUCCUUCGUCCCCGGACCUUUCAACUUGGGCCGCUAUGGGAUCCUUGUUGGCUGGAUUGCAGUGCUUUGGGUGGCAAUCAUCUCAGUCCUCUUCUCGUUGCCUGUGGCCUAUCCAAUUAGCAACGAGACACUCAACUAUACUCCUGUUGCAGUAGGCGGUUUGUUAAUUAUCACAGUAUUUGCUUGGAUAUUCAGUGCUCGACACUGGUUUAAAGGUCCUAUAUCCAACAUAGAUGCAUGAAACUGUGUAUAUUCAGUGAUUUUUAUUUGUUGGAAACUUUUAUAGAAUAGAAUUGUUGUUCAAAGCAAAGCAUCAUGGAAAUUACUUUUUUUUCUUUCUCAAAAGCAGAUGACUUAAUUUGUAUCAACUACACAAUCAUUGGUAAUAUUCCAGAUCAGAGCAAUACAGUCUUUCAAGUCA